AUGAAGGAAGAAAAGCUGACCGGCGGACACAGAAGUAUGUCGUCCGCUAUUGUGACGCUGGUCGUCGGAUCCGACCAACGACUGUUCGCCGCCCACGAUGAUGUCCUCUGUUCUAGUCCUUUUUUCAAUAAUGCUCUACGGAAUACAUACAUGGAUCCUGCUGCCAAGAAAAUUGCCCUUCCUGACGAAGAGCCAGAGAUUUUCAGCUCAGUGUUGGAAUACUUGUACAAGGGAGACUAUUUCCCACGACUUAUGCACAACAAACGGCGCAACUCUUGGGAACUUGAACCUUCUGACUCAGAGCGAGCAGUUGAAAGCACUUUGUAUCAUCGCGGAGUUGACGGUGACUUACUCAAAGACACUGUGAUCUAUUGUGCAGCUGAGAAGUACGGACUAGAGGAGCUCAAGAAGCUCGCUCUCCGGAAGCAAGGCUUGCAAUCUGGUAUCCAGUGCAGCACCAUCUUGGCAUCUGCACGGUAUGCGUAUGCCAAGACACCCGACAGCGAUUCCAAAUUGCGAGCUCACUACUUGGCUCUCAUUAUUCGCUCUCGUGGUACUUUUAAGCGUAGCGGGACUAUGCAACUCGAAAUGUAUAAUGGCGGCACCCAGCUUUUUUUUGACCUGUUUGUUGCCUUGUGCAAUCACGUUGAUGAUAUCUCAUCUGUGCAGUAA